AUGUUUGCCCUACGAGAUGCAAUUUACCUCAUUGAACUGGCAUUCUAUGCUCCCAUCGUCCCUGCUAUUCUUUUCAUCAUUCUUCUGCAUGGCAACCAGCACCCGUACACAUGGCGUCCCAUUGUGAUUCCGCUCAUCAUUCUCUCCGGCUUGCGAAUCGCCGCCGCAGCACUAGGCCUAGCAGCCAUGGAUCCAGCAAAAUCCAAUCUCCUAACAACGGCUACACUCCUCGACACAAUCGGACUCGCACCAGUCCUGUGUCUCUUGAUAGGGCUUCUGAUCCGAGCCAACGCUCCCGUAUACAAAGGCCUACCUCUCUGGGCCUUCAUUCCACUGCAACUGAUCACCAUAGCAGCCACGGUAAUGACCGCAUACGGCGGCAGAGACCUCUACACAAGCCGGGAUAGUCAAUCGCAAGACCUCCGCUUGAUGCGCGCGGGCAUAAUCCUCUUCAUCGCCAUCUUCGCCAGCGUCGUUGUCCUCUCGGUAAUCACCAUGCUCAAGGUCCGGGUGAAGUUCUACCGCACUGAACGCGCAGCUGUCGUUUGUGCUUUGCUCUGUGUGCCGUUCAUGAGUGUCCGGUUGGCGUUCUCGGCUGGAUCGUUGUUUUCGGGGGAGGGGUCCGUGUUAAACCCGUUGUCGGAGGACGACACGGGUAUUUGGCUGCAUUUCCUCAUGGUCAUUGUCAUGGAGUAUAUCGCGACGCUCUCUGCAACGGCUGUUGCUCUGACUGCGAGGAAGGUGGUGGUUUUGACGGCGGGGAAGGCUGAUUCUCUCAGGGAUGAGGAGUUUUGA